AUGCAAAGGGAAGGGUUUGGUAGAGAUGGGGUUGUGAUGCUUGGUCUCUUACAAGCUUCUGCUGAUCUUGGAGAUCAGAAAAUGGGCUGUUCUGUACAUGGUUAUUUGAUUAGAACAGGUCUUCCUAUGAAUGUUGUAGUUGAAACCACAUUGGUUGAUAUGUAUGUAAAGGUUGGGUUUUUAGAGGCUGCUUCCAGGUUGUUCAGUAGGAUGAUGUUUAAAACCGCGGUGUCGUGGGGGUCGUUGAUCUCUGGUUUUGCUCAAAAUGGGUUAGCCAGUGAAGCCCUUGAAGCAGUAGUAGAGAUGCAGAGCCAUGGGUUUCAACCGGAUCUUGUGGCUCUUGUUGGAGUACUCUUGGCUUGUUUGCAAGUCGGAUCGUUAAAGACUGGUAGGUCUAUACAUUGUUACAUCUUGAGAAGGCACUUUCUUGACCGAGUAACCGCAACUGCUUUGAUGGACAUGUAUUCAAAAUGCGGCGUUAUUGCAAGUUCGAGAGAAAUCUUUAAUCAGACAAGAAGGAAAGACUUGGUUUGUUGGAACACAAUGAUAUCUUGUUAUGGAAUCCAUGGAGACGGUGAAGAAGUUGUCUCCAUGUCUAGUAGAACAAGGCCAGCAUUGGUUCAGCGCCAUGAGAAACAGAUAUAA